AUGGCUCUAGAGAAGGUUAAGGAGCUCUUUCCAGAGGCUGAAGUUGACAGGCGCCUUGUCUCAGGCUUGCUUUGUGGCUCAGCGGCUGCCCUUCUGAUGUUCAAAUGGAUGAAUCAGAUACGGGUCCAGAAGAAACUUGAUGAAUUCAAGACCAAGCGAGAACAUGGGUUUCAGCGAAUGGAGAAGGCAGCAAAGCAGUUUAAACAGCAGAACCCAGGAAUAAAGGCUGCUCCAAUCCUAUCUCUUUCUCUUGUGGAACUAACUGCAAAGUUAAAAGAUGGCUCCUUGUCUCCAGAAAGUGUUCUAUACAGCUACAUGGAAAAGGCUUUAGCAGUAACCCGGGAGAUCAACUGCGUGACCGACUUUCUCCCAGAGUGUGAAGAGCAGCUCCGAGAAAUUAAAAACACAGAGAAAGGAUUACUGUAUGGGGUCCCUGUCAGCAUCAAGGAAAACGUUGCUUGCAAGGGAUACCCCAAUUCACUUGGCUUGGUGAAAUUUCUGGACUCUCCUGAGCGCGAUGACUCUGUAAUUGUCAAAGUUCUUAAGAAACAAGGGGCAAUUCCAUUUGUAAAGACCAACACAUCACAAGCCAUAUUAAACAUUGACUGUGGCAAUACAGUCUUUGGACAAACCUUGAACCCUUUCAACCACAAGAAAAGUUCUGGAGGCUCCAGUGGAGGGGAAGCUGCUCUUAUUGGAGGGGGAGGAUCCGUGCUUGGCAUUGGGACAGAUGUGGCUGCAAGUAUUCGGGUGCCAUGUGGCUUUUGUGGGAUCUGUGGAUUCAAACCAACUGGCUAUAGGGUGAGUGUCAAAGGUGUUACUACUCCUGUAGCUGGAAUGAACUCAGUCAUCUCUGUGACAGGACCAAUGGCAAAAGAUGUGGAUAGCCUGGUUUUGUGCAUGAAAGCCCUACUGUGUGAUGAGAUGUUUUGUCUGGAUCCAGCUGUGCCCCCACUUCCCUUUAAUGACAAGAUUUACUUGAAUACCUGCCCCCUUAGGAUUGGAUUCUACGAUGGAGACGGUUAUUUCGAGCCAUCUCCCAGCAUGAGAAGAGCUGUACAGGAAACCAAAAAGCUGCUACAGGAGGCAGGGCAUACUCUGAUACCAUUCACUCCACCUCGCAUUGAUUUUUUGGUGGAUGAACUGUUUACCAAAGGCCUCUAUGCUGAUGGAAGUUCCACAUUAUUGGAAAAAUUUGAUGGUGAAUUUGUGGAUUCCACUUGGACAAACCAGAUUCGUUGUUACAGAAUGCCAGACCUGCUGAAGAGACUCCUGGCUCUCCUUUUAAUGCCUUUGUUCCCACGAAUCUCCAGACAUCUGCGUGCCCUCCUUGGAGUUGGGUCAGUCAAAAAACUCUGGAAGAACAAUGUGGAUCGAAUGGCUUACUGUGAUGAAUUCAUUGCAGAAUGGAGAAAGUUGAAGCUGGAUGUUGUGCUUUGUCCUGCUUUGGGCCCAGCCUUUAAUCUAGGAUACGCUGGCAAACUAUUUGUGGCUACUACUUAUACCCAUCUAUAUAAUGUCUUGAAUUUUCCUGCUGGGGUUGUACCAGUCACAACGGUUACACAAAAAGAUGAAGAAGAGCUGAAGCAUUACAAAGGGCACUAUGGAGACUUCUGGGAUACGAGAAUGAAGGAGGCUGUGAAACAUGCUGUGGGGCUCCCUGUAGCAGUUCAGUGUGUGGCCUUGCCAUGGCAAGAAGAAUUGUGUCUUCGGUUCAUGAAAGAAGUGGAGAGAGUUUCCCAUGGGAGAUGGGGAAAGAGAAAAAUAUGAUCCUGUCAGAAAGAAGCCUGCAAGGAACAUUGACCUUUCUAAAUAAACUUUAUUAUUGACUUAUGCAGUUUAUUGCUGGGUUAGCUCAGUUUUCACCAAUGUU